GUUUGAUGAUACAUGGAUUAAAAUUCUACAGCUCGCGGAACCACGCGGAGAAAAUUGCCAAGGCGAUUCGAUGUUAUAAUAAUGGUAGUACUGAUUAUGUUGCUCCUCCUGCUGCUGAGCAACAACUCACGAGGUGAGCAGCCUCCACCAAACAACCUGGGAGACUUUUUUGGUGCGUCUUUGUUUGCAUUUCUUGUACGAAAAGGUGUUUUGUGCACCCUCACCAUCCGUUUUCAGGUCUGGCCCCCAACUCUCUCGCAUAUUCAACACCCCCCUCCUGGAAGUGAGCACCCACCACGUACACGAUCUGUCCAAUCACAAUUGGUUUUCGCUAAUUAAGCUGCCAGUUUUACAAUGUCUUUGUAAUGAAAAUGUAAUUACGCAAUCACAGAAAAAUAAUCUGUUUGUAGUUGUAACACAACACUUUACUGAAGAGGCAUAAAAUAUAUUAAUUAACAUUGAAUAAAAACUGGC